AUGCAUUCUAACGAAAAACAAUCUAACGACAAACCAUCUAAAUCAUGCCCCGAUUGUAAACUUUGUGACAAAUGUCCUGAGAGUAAACCUUGCGACAAAAAAUGUCCUGAUUGUAAACCUUGUGACAAAUGUCCCGAGAGUAAACCUUGCAAACCUUGCGAUAAAUGUGAUUUAUGUGAGAAAUGUAAAUUAUGUGAGUUAUGUAAGGACUGUGGAAAAUGCCCACCUUGUCAACCAACUUUUACUCUUUGCGACAAAUGGCUUCCUACUUAUGGUAUAUGUCCUCCAAAUCCUUCUGGUCAAUCUUGCAGCGUCAUAAGUACUGUAACAGUCACUCCUACUACUUGUCCACCAUGCAACAGCAUUUCUACUUUUCCUACUCCUAUUUCAUCCAUCUCAUCAAUAUCUGCUUGUACUAUCAUUACUACCACUAAGUACAUUACUCUCAUCGGAGGCACUAGUACUAGUGGAUUUCAAAUUACAGCUACAGCUCCUACCACACCACCUCCCAGUCAAAUUAUAGUUUCAUCUCUUACUCUCGGACUUAUUGGUUUACUUUUUGUUCCAUUAUGUGGUGCUGGAAUGUACUAUUAUUUUCGUCGUAAAAAACAUGUUGUAGCAGGUGCUGUAGGUGCUGUGGUUGCUUCAACUUCCUAUGGUUAUGGUAGUCAACCUGGUUACGGUAGUCAACCUGGUUAUGGUGAUCAACCUACAGCAGAAGAAACACCUGCCUCAUAUUAA